AUGGAGGUCCACCAAGGGGCGGUGGACGAGAGCGGGGCAGCGGGCGCGACGCGGCCGCGCAGUGCGGCCGCGUCCGCCUCGAGCCCACCCCAGGACCAGGGCGAUGCGGUGCGUGCGUUCCUUGCUGCGAGCGAGGUGCACUUUGCGCUCGGCGACGACGCCGACUGCCACGAGAACGAGCUGGAAGAGUUCUACUCGUACGUCGAGGCCCCCAUCUUUGCCGAGAACCGUGCAAGCUGGCAGGAGUGGUGUGCGGACCACUGGGGCUUCGAGGCGCCACAAGGGACGUGGGCCGGCCUCGCGCCCGGCGCGCGCCGCCAGGUGCUGCAGCGCCUGCUCGCCGCGCUCGACCUGCACGAUCCGGCACAGCGCCUGCGUGCGUCGCGUGCGCUGCUAUACCAUCUGCAGGGCUCGUUUGACGAGGCCGAGAGCGACGCGGACCAGAUGCGCUGGGUGCGCACAAACGCCGAAAUGCUGCUCGAGCUCGGCGGCGUGGACGAUAUCUUUGCGGCGUGCAAGCGCGCGUGCUGGAAGCACGACUGGUUCAGUGCGCUGCCCGACUAUCUUGCGCCGGACGGGCAGGAGCCGCUGCUCACGCCGGAUGCCAAGGCAGAGUACCUCGAGGAGAUCAACGUCGAGGUGACGGUGCACUUUGCGCAGCUCUAUGCGAUCCUCGAGAUGCUGCGUGGCGACGAGGUGCUCGGCGAGUCGCUCAUGGCGCUCGAGCCGCCGCUUCCCGUGUUUCUCUUUUCUCUCGUGGCGAAUCUCCGGGAAAAGAGCAUCAAGGGGUUUCCGGUCAAGAAGCUCGUACUGCUCCUCUGGAAAUCGCUCCUCGCGGCCCUCGGCGGGACCAAGGAGAUCGGCAGCGCCAAGACGCGCAUGCGGUACCGCGAGGGACUCGGCGCACGCACCAAGGAUGCGCUGCGCUCGCCGACCACGCCCGAGGACGUGCGCCAAUUCCGCGCAGAGCUCGCGGCAAAGUACCCGACGCUCCUCACAUCGCGCGCGAUGGAAAACCUAAACGCUGCCGACGAGCUCGCCAUGGCCACGCGGCCGCUCCCAGGGCGGCACACGCACGCCGACGACCCGGCCGGCAGCGAGGCGCCCCGCCAGGAAAACCGCGCAAACGCGGGGCCGCCCGCUUUGAAGCAGGGCAAGCAAAAGUUCCAGACGGACCAGAACCGCCCGUUUGUCCUCCCGUACACGCCCGGGAUCGCCGCGCGCGACGCGGCGCCGGCGAGCAUCCAAGAGGCGCUGCAGCUCUACGGCGGGCACCUGUACAUUGACACGGGCGUGUGGCAGACGUGCUGCGUCCGCGAGCAGCUCUUUGCCGAGAUGCAGGGCGGCGCAAAAGAGGCGCCGUCGCUCAUCCACCGCGAGUCCGACGCGGCGGUCCAGGCACUGCAGCAGUCGCUCGCGGCGAUGCAGCUGCCGCCCACCCCGAUGGACGGCGCGUCGAGCGAGGCGGACGACGAGCGCCUGCGCCGCGUCGACGAGAUCUACAGCGCGGUGCUGCCCGAGAUGCAGAGCGCGGUGAUCGUCCUGCUGAAGCUCAUGCUCGCGACGACCACGUCGGGCGGGACAAACAGCGCCUAUUCGCGUGCGGUCGGCGAAGGGAUCCCGUCCGAAAAAGCGCCGGAUCCCACGCUCGAGGACUUGGACAUUGUGCGCCACCGCGAGAUCCUAAACAAGGGCAUCAGCGCACUCUUGCUCCUGUCGCUGCGCUGGUUCAAGGCGAGCCAUGUACUAAAGAUGGAGUACCUCGCGCAGGUCAUGCUCGACUCCAACAUCCUCCUCCUCAUCCUCAAGAUCUUUGGCCUGCAAGAGGUGAACCAGUUUGUGCGCUGGCGCUGCGAGGUCCAGCCGUUUGGCCUCUUGUCGUACUGCCGGCUGGUGAGCAGCCGCAAUGCGUCGCCCGCGUCGCCACAGGCGAUCCUCGAGACGGCCAAGCUGCGCAUCGGCGACGUCUGGGACCAGUUUCCCGACGAUCCCCCGCGUCUGUCGCACGCGACGCCGCCCGACCCCGAGUCGCGCGCGCCGCCGAGCAGCUCGGCGUACUCGUGGCGCAACUUUUCCACCACGGCGAACCUCACGCAGAUUCUGCACAAGAUCUGCAAGCACAAAGCGCACCGCAUCCUGUUGCUGGUGCAGUACAAAAGCGCCGCGAUCCUCAAGCGGACACUGCGUGUGCAGCACACGGGCCUGCAGCAGUACGUGCUGAAGCUCAUCAAGAGCCAGGUGCCGUUCUGCGGCCGCAAGUGGCGCCAGUCCAACAUGCGUAUCAUCACCCUGAUUUACCUCCUCUGCAAGCCCACGCUGCGCGACGACUGGCUGGGCGGCGGCGAUAUCGACGCUGAGGUCGAGGCGUCGCUGCCGGAAGAGCAGACACUGCGCACCCUCAUCCAGUUCUACAACCAGACGCGCUACGCGGCGCGCACGGCGAUCGCGGGCGCGGGUGAGGAGCAAAGCAUGCGGCGCACGGCGUCGACCGCGAGCGACGCACGCAGUGAGUCGGCGCAUCCGAUGGACGCGAGCGUCGCGUUCGAGCGCGAGGCGUUUCCGCUCGGCAACCGCCCCACCGCCGCGGGGACGCCGGGACGCUACAUUUCCGACGACGCGGUCGAGGGCUACCUGGACGUCUACGAGGAUGUCCUGCGCGAGAUGUUUGACGCGGCGUCCGACCCGCUCGAGGCGCUCGCACAGCACGUGGCCGACGACGAGGCACAGGACGUCGUGCCGGGCCGGUCCCCGACGCCCUCGGCGCCCGCCGUGCACGAGCCGCCCGCGACGCCGGCCGAGCGCGAGGACGAGAACCGGAAUGACUGGGAGCACCUGAGUCCCCGAGAAAUGCGGGUCCUUGCAUCCUCGCCGAACGCGAGCGGGACGUCGCCCAAGGGCGGCCGCCACGUCUCCUGGUCGCACACGGACACCGCCGCGAUCGACCGCCGCGUCAACUCGAGCCCCGCCCAGCUCCGCCCGAUCCUGCACUGGAACAUGGAAGAUUUGGUCGAAGACGCGCUCACUACCGAGCAGAGCGACGAGCCCGCGCCGCCGGAAGCCGCACCGAAAUCGCCUCUGGCUAUCCCCGAGGCCCCGCUGCCUUCCCCGCAGCCGGGCGGCAUCGACGAGGUGGAGCACAUCUUUGGCGCGUAG